CUUAUAUGUGGACGACCUCAAAAGUGAGGUUAGCCAGAAAGCCAUUAUCCGUAGCCCAACCUACAGGAUGGCUGCCCGACGUUGCACCUUCUCGAUGUGGUACUAUGUCUUCGGUGUGGAUAUGGGGGCGCUUAAGGUGUUCCAGUAUACACCAUCAAAUGGUCGGAACUACAACCUCAUGACUGUGGUUGACCUUGGUGAGGACGAUGGAAUCGGGGAUAAAUGGAAUCUUUACCAAGUCCAAGUGGAAGCGUGUGCUGAAAAUUUUCAGAUCUCAAUUGAAGCAAAGGACAAUAAUGACUACCUGAACAAUGGGGGAUAUGCGAUUGAUGAUAUCAGAUUCGAGAACUGCGCAUAUACCCUCCCGCUACCUCCGGGCGGGUCGUGUGAUGCAGAUUGGGAGAUGUGUGAUUCUGGUCACUGCUUCCCCAAGACCGAAUGGUGUGACUACACACCGAACUGCUGCGAUGGCACGGAUGAGUCAACUCAGAAUUGUGCUGAUCAUAGAAUGUGUGACUUCGAGACAGACAUGUGUGAAUGGGGCCAGCUCACUGAGGACAUGUUGGACUGGACGAGGAAGAAAGGUGGUGGCACUGGAACAAGUUAUACUGGUCCAUAUAAAGAUCAUACAACCUUCAGCUCUUCAGGUUAUUUUAUUUAUACUGAAUCCACUAAUGCAUUACCUGGUGACUCCUACCGGAUAGGAAGUUUUUAUAUCCAACCAACAUCAUCAGGAUGCGAGAUUCGUUUCUAUCACCACAUGAGAGGGUCAGGGAUGGGAACUCUUAACUUGUACACCCGGACUAAGAUUGGUGGACCUCUGAGUCGUUUGUGGUACACUGACACAGCACAUGGCAACUACUGGCUUUACCAGCGGGUGGAGCUCGCCAGCGAUGAAGCUUUUCAGGUGGUAUUUGAAGGAGUAAGAGGGUCUAGUGAACAGAGCGAUAUGGCAUUGGACGACAUAACUUUCACCCCAGAAUGCAUAGAAUCAAAGAAUCCACUUCCUCCAGCAGAUGUUAUUCCUACGCAACCAAACUACUGUCCAUCUGGUCAGCGUCCAUGUAACAUAGAUGAUUGUAUAGAUGAAUCCAACUACUGUGACUUUGCAUAUCAGUGUGAUAUUGGUCAUGAAGAUGAAGCAUAUUGCCCCUCUACUUGUAAUUUUGAUGCUGUAGACCAAACCUUUUGUUACUGGAGUCAGGAUGUCAAUGAUGAUUUUGAUUGGUCAUUGUUCAUUGCUGCUGAGGUGGAUGAUAGUUACAUGGGCCCUAGAACUGACCACACCACAGGGUCACCCUCAGGACAAUACAUUUAUGUGGAUGGAACGCUCUCCUCCAUCAAUACAUUUGCCAAACUCAUUAGUCCCAUCUAUGCGAAAUCAGCGAGGGGAUGCACCUUCAGCAUGUAUUAUUAUAUGUUUGGCAUCGAGUACGGAGACCUGGAGGUCCGCCUUAUAAAUCUUGAGGGGAUGGAUGUUCGCCUGACCAAAGUCGGCGACGACCUGCUUGAUUACAACAAAUGGAUUCUUAGUGAAUCGGUGAUUCCUGCAUGCACCAAAAACUUCCAAAUCAUCAUCGAGGCCGAAGACCGGCAAGUAGUUCCUUCUGAGGGAGGUUUUGCGGUCGACGACAUUGCCUUCAAAAACUGUUACUACAGUCCCGCAGUUGAUCCAGGAAAUUGUGGUUUAGUGGGUCAGAGUCAAUGUGAUGCAGGCGAGUGUUACCCAGCCGAAAACCGGUGCGAUUUCACCCAAGAUUGCUGUGAUAUGUCUGAUGAGGACCCACAAACGUGCAAUCAAAUGGGUUACUCUAUCUGUGACUUUGAGAGCGACUUAUGUGACUGGGAGCAGCUGACUACCGAUGAGUUUGAUUGGCGAAGAAAUAAAGGAGAUACGUCGAGUGAAGGAACAGGCCCAAAAGUGGACCACACCCUCGGCACAGAUGAAGGUUAUUACAUCUACACAGAAGCAAGUAACCCCAAGAAACUGGGAGAGAGGGCAAGACUGGCAAGUUUUACAAUAGCAGGAUCGCGUACCAGCAGAUGCUCUAUGCGAUUCUUUUAUCACAUGCGUGGCAUUGGUAUGGGAACGUUGACCGUCUACACAAGGACACAAAUAAAUGGACCUCUUACUACGAUUUGGUCAAUGUCACGUGAUCAAGGCAACAUAUGGUACUACCAAAUGCUUGAAAUAGAUAGCGAUGUCGACUACCAAAUAAUCAUAGAGGGUAGUAUUGGUACAACAACAGAUGGCGAUAUUGCACUCGAUGACAUCAGCCUAACACCAAACUGUGCUCCAGCCUCUGAAAGCAUCCCAGCUAUAUCAACAGUACCCCCAUCUCAAAUAGCAUGCACAGGAGGUCAGCUACCAUGUAACUUGGGUUGCAUUGAUGAGUCAUCGUAUUGUGAUUUCAAACAUGAUUGUCUCCCGGGUCAGGAAGAUGAGCUUACAUGCCCUGUAUUCUGCGAUUUUGAAACUGACAUGUGCUAUUGGACUCAAGCCAGUGACAACGACAUAGAUUGGACAUGGUAUAACCAUGGUGAAGACCCACUAACUUACAAUGGACCGGACGCAGACCAUACUACAGGAGGUGCGAGUGGCCACUAUAUCUACGUGGAUGGGUCCAUUUCAAAACUGGAUGAUAUUGCCAAGAUCAUCAGUCCCAUGUAUAAGAAAUCAAAGAGGGGUUGCCUCUUCACACUGUGGUACUAUAUGUUUGGAAUCGAAUAUGGUGACUUGGAAGUGCGUCUGAUGACCGGGGAAGAGGACUAUCGACUGACGAAGGCCAACGAUGGCGCAUCUGAUUAUGGCAAGUGGCAGAUAUACAUCACGGAGAUACCUCCCUGCUCGACUAAUUUUCAGGUUGCUGUAGAGUCUGAGGACAGACAGAAGGUACCAACUGAGGGCGGUUUUGCCGUAGAUGAUAUGCUGUUCCAAGAUUGUGAAUACCCUGAGGCUGUCUCUCCUGGGUCGUGCGGGAUCGGAAAUUCUCAGUGUGCCAGCGGUGAAUGCUAUCCGACUAGUCAGAUGUGUGACUUUACCCCAGACUGCUGUGAUCUGACGGACGAACAGAAUUGCGGCUCCCGUGGCUAUACGAUGUGCGACUUUGAGAAUGGAUUGUGCAAUUGGCAACAACUGGAAACCGAUGAGUUUGAUUGGACCCGUCGGAGUGGACCCACCAGCAGUGAUGGGACGGGACCAAGCAAAGAUCAUACAACUGGUUCAGGCUACUAUCUGUACACCGAAGCGAGUAAUCCGCGAAGAAAUGGUGAACGGGCCAAACUUGGUAGCUUUAACAUCCAAUCAACAAUUACUGGACAGUGUGUGAUCCGAUUUUUCUACCACAUGGAAGGGAUAGGAAUCGGGACUCUCAAUGUGUAUACUAGGACCUCAGUUAAUGGGCCCAAGACUUUACUCUGGACCAAAGAAAGGGCAAUCGGAGGAGAGUGGGUUUACCAGACUAUUCCUCUUCGAAGUAACAGCAAUUUUCAGGUCAUCAUUGAAGGUGUGAUAGGCUACACCACUGACAGCGACAUCGGACUUGAUGACGUCAGCUUCACGCCAGAUUGUAAGCAGAUCUCAGGCACUCUCCCAGUGGUUGUUACGGAAGUGAACACCCAGCCCACGGAUCGGACAGUCAGUAUCUGCCGAUCAGGAAAGGUGUACUGCUCAGCAGAUCGUAAAUGCAUUGAUGAGGAGGUGAUCUGUGAUGGCGUCAACGACUGUUCUGAUGGUUUCGAUGAACAAUCGUGCCAAAUCCCAAAAGAUGAUAAUCUUGGUCUAAUAAUUGGUUUGAGUGUGACAUUUGGAUUAGCUUUCCUUGUGGCUGUCUCAUUGGGAGUUGCAUACUUCGUCAGGAAAAACCAAGGAAAGACAAACGAUCCUGCACUUACGGGAGCUACUUUCACAACAGGAAUGUCAAACCCAGGAUAUGCAAAUGAAACUUCCACCAACAAGGAGAUUGCUUUUUCGAUGAAUAGGUCAGAUGCUUGAUCAGUAUCAAUGGUUGUUAUGGCAACUUAAUCUUAUGCCCAAGUACACCUGAAUGCAGAUAAUUUGAUUUUGAAUCUUAUAGAACCAAUAGAUGGACUUGUCUAAAGGAUCAAGGGAAUAAAUAUCUCUUUUGUGUUUUCUGAUUGUUAAGGUAAAUGUUUUUGCUUUAAAGUUUUAUGUUCCCCUUUAGAAUAUCUAACCCCUUUCAUUGCCUUUCUUUUAACUGCAUACAUAUUUUUAGUGUUAAAGGUUCAUUAUUGAUUAUUCAUUUAAAUGCCUUAUUAAUAUUUGGUAGGGGAAAAUGGAGAAAGUAUGAGACAAACCUGAAUAUCAAGGCUACCUUACGACUGGUCCACGAUCCGAUAUUGGAACACAUUGCAUUUUGCUCAUUUUCUGAAAUUGUGAAUGAAAAGUAUAUUUUUAUUUGUGGUUCAAAUUAAUUGAAAUAAUACUAAUGUAACAAUUUUGGAUGAUUAGAAGCCUUUAUUUUGGAGUAAAGGCCAAAUUAGUCUCAAAUCGUAGCCAAUCAUACGAUAGCCAUGACGUCAUUACGACUAUAUAUGAAAUUCACUUUUAUUUUAAUAAGGGCGAUAUCAUAGCCACAGAUUUGAACAUAGGUAUUAGUAUGAUGUUAUAAAAUAUUACACAGUAAGAUAUUCCAUGUCUCAAUAAAAGCAUCAAAUUCUACUACGAUUUAUUCUGAAAUCGGGUCGCAGACCAAUCGUAAGGUGUGCGGUGGCCUUUAGGUAUCUUCCUCCGUUGUAUAGAAGAGUAAUGUUGAAUUACAGAUGUCCUGUUUACUUUGAACCCAUUUAUUUCCAAUUAAUUAAUGUACAGUUAUUACCCCAGGUAAUAAAGAAACAAUAUACAUGUAUACAUAUUUAAAAAAAAACUGAUAUGAACGUUUAAAUGAAACAAAAAAACUGCAUUGAUCCUGAUGAGAUAAUUGUUAUUUCAGACAUUAAAAUAUGAAUUUUUACAAAUAUAUUUUUCCUUAUUUUUUUCAUCAGAAUAUUUGUAUUAUUGAAUGUUGUUUUCUUAUACUUACUGAUAAUGGAAAUGACUGUUCUUUUGGAAGUUAACAGUAAAACAUAUUUACUCUUGAUUUUGUUUAUAACUUUUCAUUCAAUGUGGAAUAAAUAUAAUGUUGAUAAUAAAAAAAUACAAAUGUAAUGAUUAUUCUGUUUGUAAAUAAAAAGAUGUAUUUUCCUGUGUGGAAACUGAUAGGUUCACUUAGAGCUCAAAUUUCAAUUUUCUCAAGGUUGCUGUCACCUCCUCUCAUUUCUUUUUUCACCGCUCUCCCCUUCUCUCCCUCUCUCCGUCUCUUAGAUUGUAGUAAAGGUUACUUACACCUUUCAUUUUCAUUUAAGGCCAUCUUAUGAUUGAUGAAUUAAUCACAAAUACAAAGAGACUACAGGCAUACUUCAUUGACUAAAUGUACUAGUAAAUGUCAUGGAACUUAUAGCAUUAUAUUAUAUAAUUAAUGAUUGCCAAUUUAUGUUUUGAAGUUUUAAGCACUGGUCAGCCUACCCAUAGAUGGUAUUUAGAUCUUCAUUCAAUCGGUUGUUUUUUUAAGGUUUCAAACAACACUUGUAAUAUGAUGUUUUGGAAGUAUAUAAUUUCAUUAAUGCAACUAGAAUUUUGUUUAUAUUUACAUCUUGACCAAUUUAUUGUUUUAUGUAUAACAAAGUUGUUCUAUACUUGUAUGAAUGUACCUAUAACCGUCAAUUAUUAUUCUCUUUGAAUGUUUCUCUAUCAUGAAGUGAUACGCUUUCUCAUCUUCCUACUUUCUGACUCAUUAUGUCUUUCCAUCUCUCUGUCAUUAAUGUUUUCAUUUUCCUUCCCUUGUAUAUUUCCUCAUAUGCUAUUCAAUCUAAUCAUGCAUCUCUGAAUAUAUUGAUUUCUUAUGUACCAGAAUUUAUCAUUUAUCUGUCUGUUUGUUUCAUUUUUCACCAUGCAUAACAAAAAUAAAUUGACAGAAUAUAGUGUUACAUUGAUAUUGAUACAUAGUACAAACUAAGCAUAAACAAAAUAUGUUUGCAGUGCAGAGUCCCUUAAAUAACAUAGGAAAGUAAUCUGUUUUAACUAAAAUUAGCUCGAAAUAUAUUAGAACAAAAGACGAAGAUAAUGCCCCUUGCAGCACAAUAGAAUAUAUAUAAAUAUUUUUGCAGUAUAUUAAUGCAUAUCAUUAUUUCACCAUGUUAAGAUAUAGACAUCAUUUGAAUGAAAAAAAAACUUUCAUAUACCUCAAUUGUGAAAAGUACUUGGAAAAAAUAUCACUUACAGUAAUUUGAGAGAAAUAAAUCCUUCAUAUUAUUCUUGAAUGAUAAAAUAUUGUUACGAAUUUGUAUACAAAAAGGUAGUGAAUUCCAAAUGUUAGGUCCUUCAUGCCUUAUAGAUUAAUGGGCUACGGCACUCCUCGAAGUGUACAAAUAAAUGUCUAGUUGCUUGUCUAAUUGCUUGUUAUCACUAACUGUAAAUGUUUCUGGAAUAUUUGUUUUGUAUGGACAUGCCUUUUACCAUGCAGCUGGGGAAGAGAACAUCCCUACUAUCUCCUGAAAAUGAUCCUGGUAAAUUGAUCUCCUGUAUUUUUAUAUGAAAUAAAGAUGACUUAUGUAUUUGAUUAAAUUU